GUUAUUUAUUUGACAGAACUGAGGCAUUGUGGAAGAAGCAACUCAAAGGUGCUAAAAUACCGUGUGUUGAGAAGUAAGGCUGAAUUUCCAGAGGAAAGAGACCAUGAACUGCAUCCCUCCGGCUGUGUGUUUGAUUCUGUCACGUGACAGAAUCAAAGCGUCUCCUUUGGACUACAAUUCCCAGCGUUCAUAGCGCAUCAGAACACGGAAGCGCCGCCGUCGUUCAUCGUGAAAGUGCUGCUGCUGUUGAAAAUGUGGUGUUGGCGUGUGUGAGAGAGACAUGGUGCCUGAACAUGGGAAGCAGCAAAAACGCUCGUCGCAGCCGUCUAAUACUGAGGGCGACGUGGACGGAUCAUUCGUGUUUGAAGCCCAAGAGGCCUGGAAGGACUUCCACAACUCGCUCCGACAGUUUUAUGAGAACGGAGAACUCUGUGACGUCACUCUGAAGGUUGGAAACAGACUCAUACCAUGUCACAAACUAGUUCUGGCCUGCGUUGUUCCAUACUUCCGUGCCAUGUUCCUCUCAGACAUGGCCGAGGCCAAACAGGACCUGAUUGAGAUACGGGAUUUCGACGCUGACGCCAUCCAGGACCUGGUGGGUUUCGCCUACUCCUCUCGACUGACGCUGACGGUGGAUAACGUUCAGCCGUUGCUGUACGCGGCGUGUAUCCUGCAGGUGGAGCUGAUUGCCCGUGCCUGCUGUGAGUACAUGAAGGCUCAUUUCCACCCCUCCAACUGUCUGGCCGUCCGCACGUUUGCAGAGAGUCAUAACAGGGUGGACCUGAUGGACAUGGCCGACCGUUACGCCUGUGAGCAUUUCAGCGAAGUGGUGGAGUGUGAGGAUUUCAUCUGCGUUUCACCACAGCACCUGAAAACCCUGCUGGCCUCCAGUGACCUCAACAUUCAGUCUGAGUCUCAAGUGUACAACGCUGCAAUCAAAUGGCUGAAAGCAAAUCUGAAACACCACGACGUCUGGCUGGAUCAGAUCAUGUCUCAGGUGCGUCUUCCUCUGCUGCCGGUGGAUUUCCUUACAGCCACUGUUGCCAAAGAGGAAAUAAUCAAGGCCAAUCUGAACUGCAGAGAUCUUUUGGAUGAGGCUCGCAACUAUCAUUUGCACCUUAGUAACAAGAGCGUUCCUGACUUUGAGUAUUCUGUCCGUACGACACCCCGCAAACACACCGCAGGUGUGUUGUUCUGUGUUGGGGGAAGGGGCGGUUCCGGUGACCCGUUCCGCAGUAUCGAGUGUUACUCCAUCAGUAAAAACAGCUGGUUCUUCGGGCCUGAAAUGAACAGCAGACGGAGACAUGUGGGAGUGAUUUCAGUGACAGGGAAAGUUUAUGCUGUUGGCGGCCAUGACGGCAAUGAGCACCUCGGGAACAUGGAGAUGUUUGAUCCACACACCAACAAGUGGAUGAUGAAAGCGUCCAUGAACACAAAACGGAGGGGGAUUGCGCUGGCCGCUCUCGGCGGUCCAAUCUACGCCAUCGGUGGUCUGGAUGAUAACUCCUGCUUCAGUGAUGUGGAGCGCUAUGACAUUGAGUCGGACCGCUGGAGCGCCGUCGCCCCUAUGAACACGCCCAGAGGAGGCGUCGGGUCUGUGGCGCUCGGGGGUUAUGUGUAUGCGGUCGGGGGAAAUGACGGCGUUGCAUCACUGUCCAGCGUGGAACGGUUCGACCCUCAUCUAAACAAAUGGACAGAUGUGCGAGAAAUGGGGCAGCGGCGCGCUGGAAACGGUGUCAGUGAGCUCAACGGAUGCCUCUACGUUGUUGGUGGUUUUGACGAUAAUUCUCCACUGAGCUCAGUCGAGCGCUUCGACCCCAGGAUGAACUGCUGGGAGUAUGUGGCAGAGUUGACCACACCGAGGGGCGGAGUCGGCGUUGCCACUGUGAUGGGGCGUGUCUUUGCAGUAGGAGGGCACAAUGGAAACAUCUACCUGAACACGGUGGAGGCCUUCGAGCCCCGGAUGAACAGAUGGGAGCUGGUCGGCUCCGUGUCUCACUGUCGGGCCGGUGCAGGAGUCGCAGUCUGUUCCACUCACAUCAGUCAGAUUCGGGACGUCGGCCAGGGCUCCAGUAACGUUGCCGACUGCAUGUAGCCACACCCUCAUAGUCUGACACACUCCAAACACCCACGUUCAGCUUUACCGUGGCUCUGAAAUCAGCUUUCUGGUUUCAUGACAAGAGAUGUUGUGUUUUUGCUUUGAUUUUGUGUCAGUGGAAAGUGUUUUUUCCUUCUUUUCUCCAGUGGUGAGAUCAUGUGAUCACUGUAUCUGAUGUUUGUGCUGAUUUCUGCUGCAGUAUUUUCUCUCUUCUUAGACAUUAAGAAAUCAUCAGUAAACUAGACUACAGUGUUCAGACAUCAGAACUGAGGUUCAGUCCUCUGAAUAUCCAUGACAUGAAUUCAGCGAACGGCAGUUUUGCGGUUCCUCGUGUGUUUGAAAGGCAGAAUGACAUCAGAUACUUGUAAAGUUUAAAAGUCACUCUUUUGUGACUUCAGGACCCAAAGAACGAUCAAAAAGAGAUUGUUCUGUAGUGCGUGCGUACAAUCACAGACACGAUCAGGACGAAAUGAGAGAUUUGUGAGCGCUAGCAGAACAUGUGUGAUAGUGACACUUGUGUUGUGAUGCUCGUCUCAUUUAUAACUUCUGAACCCUGAAUAAGAUCCAGACUGGUUUCAGGUUUAGGUUUGGGUCGAACAGUUAUACGUGAUAAAGACUUGAGCUUUUCACUUCCAAAUGUGAAGCUGGACGGAAAGCCGAGAAGCUCAGAGAUGCGUUCAGAUGUUACCGUUGUGUAUUACAAAUGUAAAGCUUUUUCUGGCUCGGUUUUAUUGCGUUCGCCGUUAUACAUGAUUUAGUUCGGCGUGAAAGCAAUGUUUGCAUUUGAAACAGAUCAGUUAUCCAGUGAGGACACACAUUGAGGUUUUUAUAUAUGUAGAAAUGUUUUGUGUUUUUGUGACGAGUCUUAUUUGAAAAUGAUUUAUAAAUGAAAUAUGAAAUAUUUAUUUUGUCUAAUGCAUCUCUCCCCACCUUACAUUUUGGAAAACAUUUGAGUUCAUGUUUUCUCUCAGUACUUGUUGUUUGGACACUGAUGUGUCCAGUGGCAUAAGAAACAUCUGAUUAUAUUUAAGAACUGCUGUUAAAAUGUUGAUAUUGUUCAAAUGUUUUACAUUAUACUGGUGUCACAGAUGUUUAACAUGUGUAACUGUAACAAAUAUAAUAUUCAUGCAGUGGUUUAUGUAACAUCUGUGCAGCUCCACAGGACAGAAUAACAUUAUCAGUUGUAGCAGCGUUUCUGUACUUGCUGAUUUAAAUGCAGUGUAUUUGAUUGAAAUUUCUGUCUGAAGCAUGACACUUUAUAGCAUAUUCAACCAUGCGUACAUUUUACUGUUUUGCUCAAUAUCAUUUAUUUAUUUCAUUCAGUUUUUCCUUUGUGACUUUCUUUUGUCUUUGUAACAAUUGAAUAAAACAGAAAAACAAAGUC